AUGAGCGCAAAUCUCAACCAAGCUCAAAACCUCCUACAGUGCGAUUGUCCAAACCCUGUUGAAUUUUAUUGUAAAAGAUGCCAGGUCCGAUUAUGCGAGACAUGCUUGCCGGUACACACAAGGCUCAAAACAGAAUUAGGACACGCCAUUGAUGAAUAUUUCACAGAAGACGACGAAAAUACCAAUUGUUCUUGUGCUUUGCAUCCUGAAUUCGAGCGUGGAGCAUUUUGCGAAACCUGUGGAGUUCCAGUUUGCCUGCUUUGUGUGUCUUUUGAUCACAAAAGUCACGUGAUAGCAGAACUGACCAAUAAAAUACCAGAACUUCUCGACACUGUUACGCGGGAAAAUUUGAGACUUGAUUCAUUGUCUAAUUCUUAUGAAAGGGCACUAGAAUACAUCAAUAAGCGGAAAGAAAACAUAGCAGAAAACUACCAAAACAUGACAGACAAUAUUAAACAGAGGGUGGAGUUCUUAAAACAAGAGAUUGAAAAAGCUGGUGAACAACUACUCAACGAUUUAAAAGAGUUUGAAGAAGAACAUAGGGAUAAAAUGGAAAAACAACGAAUAGAGGUUGUAGACAAACUAGAUCAGUUAAGAAAACUCCGAAAUGAAAUCCCAAAGAAACGAAAUAUAAAGAGUGCAUUAAAACUGUUAAAACUAGAAAAAGACUUGGAAGAGUUCAACAGCGUACCACAAAUAGAAGAUGCAACCAUGCCAUCCAUAUUAUCAAGAUUUGAAGUUGAAAAGGAACUACGGAAAUAUUUUGGAAACCUUGCUAAGCCAGAGAGCUUCCAAGCCUAUCUACCAGACAAUGAAUCCAAGAAAGACACGCUGACGGUUUUGAAUCCACCACAGCUUUCUGAAACCAUAGAUACCAGAUUUCCCCCUCGAGUUAGCCAAAAUCGGUUGUUUGAUUUGGUAUUUAUGCGUGGACGCAAAUUUUGGGCAGGGGGCAGUGUUCCAAAACUAAAAUUGUUUGACUUUUAUGGAAAUCUUCAAGAUGUCAAGCCAAUUGAAAGUGAAUGUGGUCUUUACUUGACUCUCCAUAAAGGAAAGUUAGUCUUCAAUAACUACAUGUUUAAUCGAUUGGAAACGAUCGAAAAUGACCCAGGACAAACUACUUCUAAAUGCAUCAUUGACUUUACCGUCUGCUGCACGGGCUGGUCAGCUUCCGGUAUAGCCAGCACACGAGAGGGCGGCUUCCUUGUAUGCAUGAAACAAAACGAAAAGUCGAUGAAGAUUGUCCGAUUCAGUCGCAAUGGUAAACCAAUUCAAGAGAUACAGUUCGAUUCCAAAAACCGUCCACUGUACGAAAAGCUAGUUUACGUUGCCGAAAAUGGAAACGGAGAUAUCUGUGCAGCAGACUGGGGGAGGAAGGUUAUAGUCGUAGUAAGUGAGGAGGGACAGUACAGAUUUAGCUACCAUGGACACCUGAAGGAGGAUAGCCUUGUCGGGGGUUCCCUGGCCACAGACAGUCUUUGCAAUAUAAUAGUCGCAGACUGCCUGGGAGAUAAGAUCCAUGUGGUUAACAGGGAUGGUUUCUUCUUGUGGUACAUCACUGUACCCGAACUGGACAGCCCCCGGGCGUUGUCGAUAACUGACGAAGGGGAACUUCUUGUGGGAGAGUGUCGAAGCGGACUCGUCAAGUGUAUCAAAUACUUAAAGUAA